AUGAGCGCUAUGGAAAUUGCUGCUCGAGAUGAUACUGGGGACGACAAUAGCGGAAAAAAUGGUUUUGACGCUGCUAUUGACAAGAAUUCUGGCUCAAUUACCAAGAAGCAGUCCCAGGACUUGAUUCAGACUUUGCUAUUGAUCUCAAUUGGCUGCAUAUCCUUCCUAAGAAACUUAUUUCCCGACGACUGCUUUAUUGACCGAAGAUAUUCUUAUGAUUCGCAAACUUUUAUUCUCGAUGGGCUCAAUAACGAUAUUAAUAACAGUAACGACAAACGAAAUUCUGUCAAGAUAAAAAUUUUGAAGAACAAUGUGUCAAAUCAAAUUGAUGAUUUAUUGGAUUUAAUUCAAAUUGACAUUUUCAAACUCAUCAGUCUCAAUUACAUAAAAUCUUUGAGUUUAAUAAUUUACAAUAAUGAUAAUAAUAACAAUAAAGACAAAUAUUUUGAAUCAUAUUUUUUCAAUUUUGAUUAUGAUAAUUUUAAUUUAUCCGUAUCAAAAAAUAAUAAAAAAAGUAAUAAAAAUGAUGACGAUAGUAUAAAUAUCAAUUUAUUGGAUUCGAAAAAGGCCAUCCAACAAUUAAUUAGAAGACUAAUAAUAAUAACUCAAUCUCUAAAUCCCUUGUCCUAUCAAAAUUACUUGAAAAUUAACCUACUAUUAAACGAUAAUUGCCCAUUGAACUAUAAAUUUGUCAGCAGCAACAUUAGUUUUAUAAAUCUUUUAAAUAAUAAUAAUAAUAAUAAUAAUAAUAAUAAUAGCAAUAACAAUAGCUAUUAUAAUGAUACUGAUAAUGAUAAUUUUGAGAAAUACGAAUUCGAUAACCAUAAUCCUGGCAUACUAAACACAAAUCAUCAUAUUUUAUCAAUGCAAAUUUUAACUUUAAAUAAUGAAAUUUCCAAUAAUAAUAAUGAUAAUGAUAAUAAUACUCCAAACUCAAUUCCCUUUAGUUCAAUUUUAAAUGAUCCUUUUCAAUUAGUUUAUAAUAACUUAUUUGUCUCAAAUUAUUUUAAAAAGCCAAUCCUAAAAAUAAUCAAAUCAAUUAAUGAUGAUGCCAAAGAUAAUAAAGAUAACACUAAUAACCUUAAUGAAAUUAAUGAAAUAAAUAUAUUCGAUUGUGAAUGUGGGAUUAAAAAAAACUUGCCUAUUUUUUCAACUAAAAAUAACACCAAUCUUAAUAUAAUUCAAUGUAAUUCCUGCAAGAAAAAUUUCCAUCCCUAUUGCUAUUUUAAAAAAACUAAUUCACACAUGAUUAAUAAUAAUUUUUAUAAUAAUUUUAAUUGUUUAAAUUGUUCAGCCUCAAUUUCAAAUGAAACCAAUAAAAACAAGUCCACUUCAAUAGAAGUAAAUAAUAGCUUAUUGCCAAUAUAUUUAAAUCUAAGAAAAUUUUACAAAUUAAUCCAAAGGAAAAAUUUUAAAUUUCCUUCAACUUUUUCGGAAAUUUUUAUUGAUUUAGGUUUCAAUUCAUCUAAUAAUAAUCACAUCAAUAUUUUCAAAAAAAUAGUUAUUAAAUUAUUUAACGAUAAAUUAAUUCUAAUUGAAAAAGUUAAUGAUACCAUUAAAAAAUUAAAUUCUUAUUCAAAUUAUAUUUUAAACAAUUUUUUUAACCCAAACUUAUCUUUAAACUCCAUUGAUCAAAUAAAUUACAAUGAAAAAUAUUACCUAACUCUAGUUUCUAGAAGUAGAAACGCUUUAUUAAAAGAUCAUAUUAAUAAAAUCAUUGAUGAAGAAUAUUAUAAUAAUAAUUUUAUAUUUAUUGAAAAACAAAAUGAAAAAGUGCAAAGUGAAAAAAUAAAAAAUGAAAAAAUAAAAAAUAAUCAGAUAAUCAAACCAAAUAAUAUCAAUAUUAAUGCUAAUAAUACUACCGUUGAUAUCAAUAAUAAUAGUGGUAUUAAAAAAAUAAAUAAUACAAAAAAAAUUAACAAUUAUUUCAAUUCAAUGAUUCAACAAGAUUUAUCUAAUAUCAAAUCUUUUGGAAAUACCCAACGUCUAAAUGAAUAUAAUCAACUAUCAUCAUCACCAAUUAGAGGGCAAGAAUUAAUUUCCGAUCCCGUUCUUUCCUCUCAAAUCCCCGGCCUUUCUAUUAAUAAUAAAAAUAACCAGCAAGAAGAGGUAUCAUUUUCAAUAUUUGAAUCAUCUCAACCUGUCGUUCAUUAUCAUAAUAAUAAGAAAAAUAAUUUUAUGCCCACCCAAUUAUUGCCUUUGUCUUCUUUAGAAGUUGAAAAAAAUAUGAAAAUCACUAAAAAAAUUUAUAAUAAGAGAACAAUUAAAAAAGUAAUUAAAAAAUCAUAUAGUUGA